AUGGCAGCGCCGGCGCGGCGGAGAGAUACAGCUGGGGAGGUGGCGGGAGAGCUAGUGGUGUGGGAUGGAGGUGACGGUGGUAAUGAUAGAUUUGUUUGGGUGUCACGGUGUGCUGGAGGUGGAGUGUACUGGUGGCUGGGCGUGGUGGUGAUGGAAUGGAAUGUUGAUGGGGCAUGUCAUGCUCCAAGCUGCAGCGACUCCAGCAAUGUCAUAAUCUUAGCUGGAAAAGUGAGGAGAAAAGAAAAAGAAGAAGGGGGAGAAGAAAAGGUGAAAAAUAAACAAAAGAAGAAAGAAAUUAAAAAUAGUACACGGAAUAAGGUUGAGUCGCGUUUCUAA